AUGUCUGCCAACGACUACUACAACAGCGGCAGCGGCAGCGGCAGUGGCUACCCGCCUCAGCAGCAGUACGGCCAGCAGCAGCAGCAGUACGGCGGCGGCUACCCCCAGCAGCAGGGCUACUCUCAACAGCCUCAGUACGGCGGCCAGCAGCAGCAAUACAACCAGGGCUACCCCCCUCAGCAGCAGUACGGCCAGCAGCAGCAGUACGACCACAACCGCAGCGCCUCUCCCUACGACCAGCAGUCCCAAUACGGCCAGCACCAGCAGCAGCCUCCCUACGGCCAGCAGCAGUACGGCGGCCAGCCCGGCUACGAGCAGCAGCAGUACCCUGGCGGCGGCCCUGGCGGCGGCCCUCCCGGCGCCGAGGGCCCCGAGGGCGAGCGUGGCCUCGCUGCCACCCUGAUCGGAGGCGGUGCUGCUGGCUUCGCCGCGCACAAGGCCGGUGGUGGCAAGCUGGCCAGCGUGGGGGCUGCUGCUGUGGGCGCCAUUGGUGCGAAUCUGAUUGAGCACGCUUUCAAGAAGCACAAGGAGGAAAAGGAGAUGCAGAACAUGGCCUAUGGCGGUAACAACGGUGGCCACCACCAUCACCACCACGGCCAUCAGCAGUACUAG